CUCUAAUGUGAUCCUUCUUUUUUAAAAUUACGAUGCGUUUUAUGUUGGGGGCUUGGGCAAAAUGCUCCUUUUUAUUUGUGAGCGAGAUAAUCGUGUUGAAUACUCGAAGUUAAGAUGUGUGUGGUUUCGCCUCUUCGAAGGCUGCGUUUGGGAAUUUCUUUUUUUUCGUUCUCGUUGAAGACUUGAAGUAAAGUUGUUUGUGUUUUUGCUUCUGAGAAAGUUAUUGGUGCCCCUGAACUGUUGUCGAAGUUUAAAGUGAGAUUUUGAAUGCCUUCCUUCAUGAUCUUGUCUUGAUCUUCAUAAAUUUGGCAACUUCAGUAGAAUAUAUACAUAAAUUCGGUAACUUCAUUAGUUGGAAUAGCAAGAUCUCAACUAUAUCUGGAAAGAAAAAAAGAAACUCCUAGUAAAUGAUGCUCUUAUUGAUAACAAGUUCAUUACAGUAUCUAGACUUUGCUGUUUUACUUGAUCAACUCAAAUUCAUGGUUAUCAUAUUGGCUAUACUUGCCGCUCAAAUAUCGCUAUCGAUUUCCAUAAUUGGAGGAUCUAAAAUGGAAGUCAUGAGCAAGUUCUUAAUUGCAUCGAUACUUAUGUGGACCGUGCCUAUUGCAGUUUUAUAUGGGUUCAACAAUAAUUUAUUCCCUGGUUCAGCUAGCUUGUCCCAGGAGUCCCUGACACUGUGGAGUGGAAUCCUUGCAGUGAUCUCUGUAAACGUGGUUAUCGUACUCUACAUCAUCUCAGCCAUGAAAGAGCCCUCAGACAAACACGAGCCGGAUCCUAGAUUCUUAGCAGAUGCAAAGGCUAGUAUAAAGCAGCAGCCAGGAACAACUGAAGUUGAUUCAUCAUCAGACCGUGCAAAACAAGAGUAGCUGGUGUUAACUGAGUACGAGGUAAUUUCAGCUCUGAUUUUCUGAAAGGCAACGAACGUUAAUGAGCAGGAUCCCCAUACAGUAGAGCAAAGAGAUUAUCGAUAGGUUUGACCUGCUUCACUUCCAUGAUUAGAGUUUGUGUAUGAGCCAAGAAGUCUUGAGUUUUUUCUCUUGAUUUGCCUUGGCCAAUAUCUUCUUUUUUUCUCUAGUUUUUUCUUUUUUAUUAUUUGGAUAUGGAAUUCAAUUACCACCCAGCAUUUUUGUAGUUGAUAUUUAAUCAAAGUUGAUGAGCAUAUUGGGCUUUCAUUC